UGCUUUGUAGUUCGUUACAAGGACGCCAAAACAAAUUGAGUUCCUUCCUUUUACCGCUGAAAGAAUUUUCAUUAAAAGUUUUAUUAGGAUAGUUUCGCUAAAAAUGACCUCUAAUCGGAUAAAAAUGAUACACAACAGCAACUUCCAGGUGUGUCGUUUUUGUUUGCAUGCAAAUGCCACAGAUUUGAGUAGUAUCUUUGACGAAAUCUCCGAAAAUGUGAUUGCCAUGAAUCAGACCAUUCAGAAAGUUUUAAAAAUGUUGGAAAUUCAGAUUUCGUCCGGUGAUUUACUUCCUAAACUCGUCUGCAUUAGUUGCCGUGAUACAUUGGUAUCCAUAUCCCACUUUCGAAGAAACGCACAAAGAUCGUUCGAUUUGCUAGAAAAGGCUAUGGAAACGAAACCCGGUGAUUUGACCCUAGUAAAGAAUUCCGAUACAGAGUUGUCAUUAGAAGAAACAUUCGAUGGGUUGGAACCGGACGCCGUCGAAGAAUAUGAUCCGCAUCAAGAGACAGCCGUAGUGAAAGAGGAACUAGAAGUUUCGACCUCAGCGUUUUCAAUAGUGGAAGUUGAGGAUCAAGCCAAAAACGAGGAGUAUUUGGAGGAAGACUUUCUGGAAGACGACGGCUUCAUUCCGGUGCAGGACGAUGGACAAAUAAUAGUGUAUAGCAAACCCAAAGCUCCCAAAACUGCUCGCAAACCCAAUGCGAAAGUGUGCACCAUUUGUGGUGCAAAAACAACGGCAAUGUCGGUGCACAUGCGAACACAUACAAACGAUAGACCGUUUGCGUGCAGCAUGUGCGACAUGAAGUUCUACACCAACGGAAAACUGCGCUGCCACUUCGAUUCGGUGCACAUCGGCGAGCGAAAGUUCAGCUGCGAGAUCUGCGGGAAGUCCUUCGUGCUCAAGAAGAAUCUGAAAGCCCACAUAAUGUCCCACUCGGCCAAACGGGAGCACGUGUGUUCGCACUGUUCGAAAAGCUUCCUGUUCCGGUGGUCACUGACGGCUCACGAGCGAAUCCACACCGGGGAACGGCCUUACGUUUGCACAUGGCAGAACUGCGGCAAGAGGUUCGUUACGGUUUCCAAUUUGAUUCAGCACCAGAAAACGACCAACCAUUGGAAGGAAGCGCCGGAGGAAAAGUGUCCGCUGUGCAGUAAGGUCUUCCAGACGAAGGCGUCUCUGAAGGCACACAAUACGAAGACGCAUGGCUUGGGGGCUCAUCAGUAAGAGGAACGUAAGUGAUUUGUCUAUCAGACCAUUUAUUAUUUAAUGUUGCUAUCUGAAUCGAAUCUGGUUUUAACUUAUACGUUGAUAAAAUUUGAGUGAGGUAGUUGUAAAAAGUUA